UACAAUGAUUCAGCGGGCAUAAUUUGGAUUACUGCAAUAGAAAUAGAUUUAAAAAAAAAUCUCCUACACUGGCUAUGCUAAGAGAAUGCUUUCAAUUUUUUUAAUGCUUGGUCAAAAUGUCGCUGUUGUUAAAAGUUGAAAGGUCGUGCCGCUUCAUUGACUGAUGGUAGAUGUUUAAGGAAGUAAGCAGUCAGGUGAUGCUUAAAAUGAUCUACAGUAAGAAGAACGAGAUGCGUGCAAAAUCAUGAAGGCUCUGUGGUCGGGUUUCUAAUCUACAGAUUGGGAUCCUGAAAGUGGACUGUCGCUGAGCUGUGACAGGGACGCGGCGGAACAUGUCGAAUCCUCAAGGGGGAUGCACACCCCUAGUACAGAGUCUGGCUGCACUAUUAAGAAACUCUGGUGACAUUGUUUUAAAUGGUAGCAGUACUUUAACUCUUCAAGCUGCUAGCCUCCAAUACCUUACACGCCUGUUUGAGCAAUUUCUACUUUCAAGGAAACACCAACAUGGCUUUUUGGCUCUUCCUUCUCAUCCUGCUGAUACUGCCUCUCUCUUGCAAGUACAGUUCCUUUUUGACAUGCUGCAGAAGACCGUUUCCCUUAAGUUGGUUAAUCCUCUUGGAUCAAAGCUCCAGUCACCAGUGAAAAUUCUCCCUUUUAAGUCACUGAAAUGCUUGGAGUUGAAGCGGAUUCCCCCCCACUGCCUUGAGGGUCUAAGGGCAGUGUAUUCUCAGCUUGAAGUGUUCAUCUGUUCAAGGAGCACCCAGUCACUAGAAGAGCUUCUGUCUCUUUGUGGAGGAGAUUUAAGUUCAGCACUACCAUGGUUGGAACUACACACUUUAAAUUUCAGUUACAAUGCCAUUACAGCCCUUGACAACUCAUUGAGUUUAUUGAAUGUUCUGAAGUCUCUGGAUCUGAGUCACAACAAAAUCCAUGACUGUGAAGAAUAUUUGCUGCCUCUCAGUGAAUUGGAGCACUUGAAUUUGGGGUACAACUUUCUACAAACCAUGCCGGUGCUGAGUCUAAGCUGUCGAACUAAGCUAGUAAGCCUUAUCCUCAGGAACAAUGAAUUGGAGAGCAUCAAUGGUGUGGAGCACUUGUCAUCUUUACGUCAUCUUGACCUGUCAUACAACAUUCUGAUAGAUCAUUCCAAGCUUGUCCCAUUGUCCCAGCUGCACUCUCUUAACACACUCAGUCUUGAUGGCAAUCCAUUGUUUUUCCAUUGGAAUCAUCGGUGUGCAACCAUUUCUCACCUUUCCUCCAAAGCAACUUUCCUUAAGUUCAAGCUAGAUGGAUGCUUUCUGUCUUCCUCUGAGUUAGGAGUACUGCCAAAGUCCAACCCACAGAUGGGUCAAUCACACCGCCAGUCAUCUCAGGACGAUUUACUUUGUGAUCGGCUUACUCAGGAAGUGUCCAGUGGAGGUGGUGACAUGAGUGAUAGCCUAUCUCAAAAUGAAAUUGGAGCAUCAAAGCUUUCUCGAAAACGGUCCAAGACCAAGAUAAAAGUAAGACGACCUAGUAUUUCAGAACCAAGUGAUACGGAACAUGACAGUCAAAGGCAAGAUGCAUCGUCAGGAAUAUUCCUGCGUCACAAGAAGGCAAUAGAGCAGAUGGAUAACUUUCGAGACCAGAUGGGAGAGGACUGGCUACGUUUCAAGCACCAUCUGGAAGGGGAUCAGGAUAUUUCUAUUGAGACAGAACCAGGGCCGCCUCUUCCUUCUGAGCCGUUCAAAAGCCAAUCUGAUACCUUAAGCAAACCAAUAACAGAACCAAACACCAAAACACCAGAGCUUCUUGAAUCACAUUAUAUUGUGGAAGGUCCUGACACAAGUUUGAAAUGGGAUGGGUUAAGCCAUAACCAGGGUGAUAACAUUCAAGAGUUGCAGGAGCCAACUCUUGAGGAAUCCAUCCAAGACUUUGAAAGAGAACUAACGACUGGAGCACAUGCAGUAAUAAAGGAGGAGGAUGAUAAUGACGAGUUAGAAGUAGACCUUUGUCACCCACUUGUUGUUGGAAUAGAAUCAGGCAGUGAGGCUAGCCAGUCAUAUGACACACGCCUCUUUCUGAGAGUUACUCCUCGUUACGCAGUGGAGGUUGAUUUGAAAAGUGCACAUGUUCUUGACAGGCUGGAGUUGGAGCGCCUUAGUGACAUCAUUACCUCUCAGGCCAUCUGGAAAGAAAAGGAUAGGGAAGAGGACCGUCCUGUCCUCGAAUUACAUUUUAGUUAUCUAAGCCGUCCCAGUCGGAAACGACGAUACAUCCUACUGGAUGAAAAUCCAAAUUGUGCCUUACAGUCUUUGGUGGAACUGUUCAGUAAUAUUAUUAAGGACAAUUUACAAAAGGCAGCAGAAUUGUCACCAAAGUCGGUAACACUGCAGUGUCUGAAGUGCAAGUUGGACUUUUCACUACCCAAAGAAAAUAAACAAAUGGUGCCUCUAUCAAGAGGAGAAAUGGAAGUUUCAGGGAAUGAUGCAUCAAUCAAGGCUGUCUGCCCAGCUUGCACCAGUGACCAUGUGAUUCAACUUCCAACUCAAACCCAUCAGCAGCGUACAAGCAGUCCAAUUCCAAAGGUUCCAGAGGUUGCUGAUUCUCCAAACAGCAGUAGCCCACAUAGCAACUUGUCUCUUUCAAGUGACACAGGGAUUGUGGACAAAUCUUCAGAAGUACAUGAAGAGAGCGUCCUUUCUAGUUUCCAAACAGAUUCUUUUUUUUCAGGAAAAGCACAUAUAUUUGAUUCAGGAGAGACUGAAAUAGAAACCAUGAAAGGGAAUGGAAUGAACAUUAACACUUUACCUUCUUUGGACAUAUUGGAUUCUGCUACUUUGAUUUCUCACAGUGCUGACCAUACAGUGCCAAUACAAAAAAAUGGAUUAUUUUCAUCUGGGCUGGAAUUAGGAGGAGUUCAGUCAAAAGCUGAUAGCCUGGCUGGGAGUUACAGCUACAAUCCACAGCUAGCACCAAAAGUGGCUUCUGACAGUUGGGAAGAGUCCUGUAUCACUCAGUACAACUUGUUUCCAGAGGAUUUUCAGACAGUGGAUCAUCGUCUUCAGUUAUUUUUUGAUGUUGAAGUUUUUGAAGAUAAUUUGGAGGACCUGCAAUGUUUCCUUAAGUUGUCAACAGUAAAAUAUGGAGAUCCUGAAGAGUUUCUGGCAUUGUUUGUGGUGUCUAAUAAAUUGAUGUAUAUUUUGGAGAUCACGUCAAUAAUACAGGGUCAGCCAUCAGACUGGCUUCGAAAGCGUGCUAGUCACAGAAUCUCGGAACUCAGCUGUGUGGAAGUGGGGCUGGGCAGUCAGACUAUCCACUUGGAGUUUGAUAAAGGUCAUUCUUACUCCCUAAUCAUCCGAGAUAGUACAAGGUGCAAGACUUUCUUCAGCCAAAUCAUAGAAAAAGUGCAGGAAUUUGCUCCAAAAUGUGAUAGCAAGUUGGUGUCUAUUUCUACCUCCCGAAUUGGUCCCCAUCAUCAUCUGUGGCCCAUCAUAUGUGAGAAUGCUGAUAUGGUUUUAUCUGAGGACAGUAAGCUUCAGUACUUCUACCUUCUUGCUUACUUAUGCCAAGAUGGAAUGCCAAAUCCAAUAACAGUUCUGGCAACCCAAGACUGUCUGCAUCUUCUUCAUGAGGACCAUCAGUGGACCAGCAAUCCUCCUCCAGUAAACACCAGUGAAUAUUCAGCCUCUGAGAAGGUGAAAAUUCAAGACACUCAGCAAAUAAGCUGUGUUAGUUCAGUUCAUCUUUUUCAGUCCAACCCAUGCAGAGUGGACAUAAAUCUUUAUGAUGAAAAAGAAAGAUUGAUGUGCCUCCAACCAUGGCGUCACUUCCGGGGUCACUCCACCUGGACCCGCCUCUUCCUCCCAGAAACCAUCAGACACGGAAACAUAGCCAUCUUGGACAGACUAGGUUGAGAACCGCUGAUCAAGAACACAUCUUGUAAAGUGAGGUGUCUCCUGAACUUAAGACUUAAACUGUUGUGUAGUAUAAGUCUUCCCUUUACUGAGAUGUGACAAAAUGAGAGCAUCUUAGCAGGAUUCAAAAUUUCAAAUAAUUUGUCAACAAUGUACAAUGGGCUUAGUAGCUUAUAGUUAUAAUAAUCUACCUAAUCACUUGUUUGUGUAAUGGACUGAUUUGCAAUUUACCAUUUUGUACUCUUCAUGGGAUAUAGUGGUUGGAAAUUGCGUUUCAUAUGUAAUUUCUAUUUAGUAAAUGUUGUCCAUUUCCAGUCCCAGUUUGCUUUUUACAUUGCAAUCCUAGUUGCACUCUGUGAUCUAUAAUCUCCCAAUAGUUUAUUUUUCUUUAAUAUUUUAGCUGUUGUCACUUUCUGAAGACAGUCUAAGUUUUACCAGCCCUGACAAUUUCAGGCAUCUCAUUUCCCUUUUUGCCAAUCUCAAGAGUAUUAAUUUAGCACAUUUUAAAUGAAAAAAUGGUCUCUCAGAGGAUUCAGUGUUGUUCUCACUGCUGCAGACAGUACGUGUGUAUCAUCCAAGAAGACCACUGCAGGUCAAAGUCGUGACCGUUGCUGUCCGCUAGGCCUUUUGUUCCUCAUGGCUGUUGCAGAAAUACCACAGGGGCCACUCUAAUUUUAAAUAGCAAAGCAUCUCCCUCUCCUUUUGCAAAAAUCAAACACUCCUGCUGGACAUUCUGUAGCAAACUGUCUUCUCAAAGGACCACAAGUCAACGUCUUGCUUCCUCUAUGUGAAUGUUUAAGAAUAGCUGGUCAGAGUUACACCAAGUAUACUAAAGACCACUUAGAUGUCUAAUUCAAAUGUUGAGUUGAGUUGUCAAAGUAGUUUGUCCCUCCUCCUUACAGGUCAAGGGGUCAGAGUUCAGGUCCAAAGUGGGUGGAGUCUGCACAAACACCUGAUAUCUAUAUGGCUUUCCUCGCUCCUCCCAAAGAUCUGAGUGUUAGGUUGAUCUUUUCUAAACUGUCAAAAAAAUGAAAAAAUCGCAGCUGCCUUUUGCUGGUUAUUGGAAUCUUAACCUUUAUCGGGUAUAGCACUUGAGUGGGUUACAGAGUUUAUGGGCGAUUCUAAAUUGUCUAGUUUAGGGUUGGUUCCUGCCUUGCACCUAAUACCACUGGGAUAGGCUUGGGCCAACACUAUCCUGAAUUGGAUUAGUCAGGUUUAACAUUUAUAGCUUUGCCUUAUUAAAAAUAGUGACAUAAUUCUUGAUUAAUGAGGAACAUAAUAAUCCUGCUGCAGUGGGUUGGCACCCUGCCCAGGGUUUGUUUCCUGCCUUGCGCCCUUUGUUGGCUGGGAUUGGCUCCAGCAGACCACCGUGACCCUGUCGUUAGGGUAUAGCGGGUUGGAUAAUGGAUGGAUGAAUGGAUAAUAAUCCUGAACAUGUCAAUGUCUACCUGCUCAUGUUAUUUUUCAGGUUCCUGUUUAAAAAGGAUUUACAGUAAAGUAAAAAUAGGCCAGACAAUGAAACCUAGGCAAGAAAAACAGGCUCUGUAAUGAUCCAGAAUAGCCCCCCAACCUCUCUAAUAGAAAUGUUUUUGUCUAAUUUGGGGUUUAGUUAAUGUGUAGUUAGAAACCAGUCUCAGUUUCUUUAUAUUCUGCAGAAGUGCUUGCUCUCUGGGUGUCUGUCAGCUUUUUACUCUACUGAACCAGAAAAUAUGUUCUUUGAUGAACGGGCUGAUACAGCUUUGCAUGUUUGGACACUUAUCUAGGUGGUGAUUCUUUACACGACAUGAUAACAGAUGAACUGUUUACCUUCACUCAAGUUCAGAUGUCUGACUUUUG